AGGCGCUGGGAAGGGUGCAACUUGCUAUUAUGAGCGGUGGCAAAGAAAUGAAAAUGCAGAUAACUCCAGAGACACCCGGACGCCUCUCGCUCCAAAACCCCUUUGAAAGCCCGAGUGAUUAUAGCCAUCUGCAGGAACCCACCUUGUCAAGUCCUUCUUUUCUUAAGUCCACGCAUUCCUCUUUGACUCCAGGAAAAUUUGAGUGGUCUAUAGAAAACCUUGCUUCGAUAAACCCAGUGGAAAUUGACUCCGAAGACAUACGCCGGCAGGCCUUGUAUUUAAGCCGCACCAGGAUAGAUAAAGAGAUGGAAGAGAAGAGACAGAAAGCCAUUGAAGAGUUCUUCACCAAAAGCCUCAUUGUUCCAUCUCCUUGGACUAAUCACAGCGGGAAGCAGUAUGCUCCGUUUAAUUCAACUCGCUGUGUUGAGCCAAACAGCGCUUCGCCAGUCGGCAGAGAAGUCGCUGGGCUGCUUGGAAAAUCCAAUGCCGCUUGCCAGACAGCGUUAUCUCUGCCGGUAGAUUUCGACUUGGAAAAAAUGUUAGGUGCAUAUUUUAAACCAGAUGAAUUGGCCGAUCAGUCUCAGGAAAGCCUGAGCACUUCCUCCCUGAGAAGGAAGCUGUUUCUUGACGAGAAUGGAAGCCUGUCCGAGAACAUGUCCCCUUCGUCUCAAAGCCCGCACGACGUCCCCGCCUCGCUUGGGGAGCUGUGUUCCACAGACAUCUCCCCUGUCCGCUGCAGAAGCCCCCUGAAUACGUCGAGUUCGGGCCAGCUUUCUUCCAGCCCAGUUCAGUAUGAUACGAGGAUGCACAGCCUGGGGAGCUUAACCACUCCCCCAUUUCCUGAGAGGGGCUCUACAGACAGCGUUUCCCUAACAACCCUUUCUCCAAUUAGCAUUCAGAUAAGGAAGACGCCGCUUUCAGGGCGGUUUACUUUUCGCUCACCAGACGUACCUUCUGUGUCCAGCUCCUGCCGCCCAACUCCUCCUCCUACCAGAAGUUCUUAUGUGGAGUGUUCACCGUUAAAAAAUUGCUCCCCCAUGAGACGGAUGGCUUGCCGCGGCGCUGCAGUGUACCAGACCUCCAUUGUCCACCUGCCUUCCACCCCUGAAAGUUUCGACGAGGAGCAGGAGGAGGAAGCGAAGGCCCUGUCCGCAGAAACCUCCCUGCCGAAAGGCAGUCUGUGCCAACAGAACGGGGACCCCUUUGUCCACGGUCAACGUGUGGUGGUUGCCAGGGAGUCUUUAUCGCCAGACCAUCCCGGAACUAAUGCGCAAGAAUUGUCCUUGUUCCACGAUCUCGAGAGCUUGAACGAAAACCACACGGUGGAUAUGGUGGAAGCAGAGGAAAUGCUGGACGUCAACUCGGUGAAGGGGUCGGCGGAGAACAGCAGCCUGCCCGUGGCUGGCUUGAGCAUAGAAGGGUCUUGCAUGUGGCUCCCACCGCUUGCGGAAAGCAGUGCCAGCCCCUGCGAGGGCAGCAGCAUCCAGGUGGACAGUGGUUACAAUACCCAGACGUGUACCAGUAGCCUCAUGGAUACAGUGAGAGUGGAAGUCAGCGGCAGGGAGAAAGAUUCUCACGCUUGCGAGACUCAGAACAAACACAGUCUCUUCCGAGCAAAGCAAGGCAAACUCGGCCCGGCAUACUGGACUGAACCCGAGCCCGUGAGUCAACCUGGCUGCUGCCUUAUGGAAAGUCCUCGGUCGAAAUGA